GCACACAGAACGCGAUCUGUCGCGGCGGGCAACUUUCGCGCGAUCUUCGCUGCGGUAAAGCGAUCUAUAACGCCACACAGGAUGCGAUAUUUUUCUGCAGUCGGACGUGCCUGUCAUAGAAAAUAACCUAACGUGCCUGUGUUUGCAAUGUCUAGCUCUGACGAGGAAGAAAUUCUUCUUCUCUUUGCUCUACUAAAAAAGAAAAAGAAAAAACGUUACUGGGUACAUCCCAUCAAUAAAAAGAGGGCCCAAUUUGGCGAAUACCACCGCCUCUGUAUUGAACUACAGUCUCAUGAAGACAAGUUUUUUCAAUAUUUCCGCAUGUCGAGAUUGUGUUUUGAAGAAUUGCAUGACCUUUUAAAGGCAAAUAUUGCUAAGUGCACCACGAACUGGAGAAAACCAAUUCAUACAAGAGAAAGAUUAGCUAUUUGUUUGAGAUAUUUGGCGACCGGCGACAGCCAUCAGACUAUAGCUUUUUCUUAUCGGGUAGGACGAUCAACUGUUUCCAAAAUUGUGAGAAAUGUCUGUCAAGAAAUUUGGAAAACUCUACAGCCAAAGUAUUUGCCAUCACCCAACAGAAAAAUGUGGUUACAAUCUGUUGAGGAUUUCUUGGUACUUUGGGGCUUCCCGAACUGUCUUGGAAGUAUAGACGGAAAACAUAUUAAGCUAAAAUGUCCUCGUCGUAGUGGCUCAGCUUAUUUUUGUUACAAAAAUUAUUUCUCCAUAGUACUCCUUGCUAUCGUAGACCCACAUUACAAGUUUAUGGUAGUGGACAUUGGCAAUUAUGGGCGUCAUAGCGAUAGCGCUAUCUUUGAAAAAUUCAAUCACAUUUUAAAGAAUGCUGUUUGGAAUAUAAUUGAAAAGCAAGUUUUGCCGGAAAAAAAUUAUCAUUUAGACAAAUCCGCUGUUGAGCAUGGUCAUUGUGGUCUCAGGCUACCACCCUAUCAUUGCCAUUUUAAUGCCAUCGAAAUGGUAUGGUCAGAAACUAAAAGAUAUUAUGACCAAGCUAUUAUGAAAACUGCAGGGUUACUUACUGAAGUCUUAAAAGUAUGGAUAAUGUACCAGAGCAACACCACUGGCAGAAUUACAUAA